AUCCUCCCCGGUCGCGCCGGUCAUCACUUCAUUUCGACGACGUUCUCCGGGCGGCGCGUUGGACGACCUCUCUGACCUUGCCCUCAUCCUCCUGAACCGACAACGACAUGGCAGCUACCGCUCAUGGAAUCCGGACGCUUGGCGUCCUCGGCGCCGGCCAGAUGGGCACCGGCAUCGCGUUCGUCGCUGCCCUUCGCGCCAAGGUCCCUGUCCUCCUGCACGAUCGCUCGCAGGACCAGAUCACGAAGGGGCUCGCGCUCAUGGAUAAGCUUCUGGAUAAGGACGUGAACAAGGGCAAGAUCCAAAGUAUCGACGCGAAGGAGGCGCGCGAGCGCGUACGCCCUGUCGGCUCCUCCGAGGGCCUGAAGGCGCUGAGGGAUGUGGACAUGGUGGUCGAGGCCGUCUCCGAGAACCUGUCCUUGAAGGAGAAGAUCUUCGCAUCGCUUGCGGCAGAGCUUCAGCCAGGCGCGAUCCUUGCGUCAAAUACGAGCUCGAUAUCCAUCACCAAAAUUGCUGCCGCCACGAUCCCGCAAGGGUCCAGUGCAGCUUCAGAAGAGGGCAAGCACAGCGCGGGACGCGUUGUAGGCCUUCACUUCUUCAACCCGGUGCCCGUCAUGAAACUCGUCGAACUCAUCUCCGCCUUGCAAACACAUCCCGAAACCCUCGAGCGCGCACGGUCGUUUGCCAUCGACUGCGGGAAGACGGUCACGGUAUCAAAGGAUGUCCCUGGCUUCGUCUCGAACGCGCUUCUCAUGCCCUUCAUCAACGAGGCCAUCAUGUGCCUCGAGAAGGGCACCGCAACGCGCGAGGACAUCGACACCACGCUCAAGCUGGGCAUGAACCAUCCUAUGGGGCCAUUACAGCUCGCAGACUUCAUCGGCCUCGAUACCUGUCUCGCCAUCCAGCAAACGCUGUACACCGGCACAGGCGACUCGAAGUACCGCCCCUCCAUCCUAUUGGAGCGCAUGGUCGAUGCUGGGUGGUACGGCAAGAAGAGUGGGAAGGGAUUCUAUGACUACUAAGGUUGGAGAUUUUGCAUGGCCGAUGCGCUUGGGUCUUCGUCGAUAAUUCAGCGGGAGGUCGAGGUAAACAUGAUUUGAAUUGUAAGAUUAACAGCUGUACCUUGUUUUCUAGUGACUCUGGUAUGAGAGAUGAGCGCACAAGUACUCGGCAUAUGCAC